CAUUGCUAAUUGUUAGCUGUACUUCAGGAUGUCCUGCAGUUUGCUGGAUUUCUGUCGCGUUCAGGAGCUCAGACAUGUCCGAGAUUUUCUUCUCCAAAGUCAGAAAAAUGCCUCAUCGGAUGACAACAAAGAGCAAACAGAGACAGAGUUAGCAUGGGAUGAGUCAGACUGGGGCUCCUGGGAGGCUGCGGACACCAAAGAAGAUGGAACCACGCCUGAUGAUGAUGAUGCACAACAGAACAGCGCCACCUGGCUGCAGGACUGUGCACUCGCUCUAUCACCAUGUUCAGACCUGCUGGUCAUUGCUCGAGACCAAAAAGCUGCAUUCCUCUCUGCGAAAUGGCAGACAGACGCCGCCGGAAAAGAGGAGAUGACGCUGGCUGUGAGCUGGAGCGGCACACUGAGUGCUGAGGACGGAGAGAGUGUGAGUAGCGUCAUCUGUAUCCCUCUGGCCAGCCAGAAGAGGAGUUCUACAGGUCGUCCUGACUGGACAUGUAUCGUGGUCGGGUUCAGUUCUGGAUACGUUCGCUUCUACACAGAGAAUGGGGUUCUCCUUUUGGCUCAGCUGCUGAAUGAAGACCCGGCGCUCAGACUGAAGUGUCGCACGUAUGAGAUCCCACGCCAUCCUGGAGUCACAGAGCAGCAUGAAGAGUUGAGUAUUCUGUACCCAGCAGCCCUGGUCACCAUCGAUGGUUUCAGCCUCUUUCAGUCUCUCCGUGCCUGCAGGAAUCAGGUUGCAAGAGCUGCUGCAGCAGGAAGUGAUGUCAUACAGCCUCCUCCUCUGGCCUAUAAGAAGUGGGGUCUGCAGGACAUGGACACCAUCGUGGACCACAGCAGUGUGGGUGUCAUGACACUGAACGUAUUUGAUCAGAUGAAGAACGCCUCGAUACUUGGAGGUUUCCAUGCGUCAGUAAAGGGCAGUCCUCCUGCCAUGAGUCAGUAUAUGACGGUGGGCGGUGGUCCCUUCACCGGCUUCUACUACGCAGUGGAGGGCAGCUCUCAGCCUCUGCUCUCCCACGUGGCUCUUGCUGUGGCCAGUAAACUUACUUCUGCGCUGUUCAGUGCUGCCAGUGGAUGGUUGGGAUGGAACAAGAACAAGACUGAAGAGGAUCCUGCUCAAAAACAGAAGCCUAAGGUGGAGCCAGCCACGCCCCUUCCUAUUAGGUUUGGGCUCCCCGAUUCCCGUCGCCAUGGUGAAUCUAUCUGUCUGUCGCCAUGCAACACCAUGGCAGGGGUGACGGACGAUUUUGGAAGAGUGACGCUGCUGGACGUGGUACGCGGCAUCGCCAUCCGCAUGUGGAAGGGUUACCGUGACGCCCAGCUGGGCUGGGUGCAGGUUUCUGAGGCUCAUGGUGACAGAGACAUCACCACUUCCCCCUCCAUGCUUCGCCGCUGUGCUCAGUUCCUGGUGAUCUACGCCCCCCGCAGGGGCAUCCUGGAGGUGUGGGGCACUCAGCACGGCCCCCGGAUCGGGGCUUUUACUGUAGGAAAACACUGCAGGUUGUUGUAUCCAGGUUACAGGUUAAUGGGGGUGAACAGUGUGACCAGUCAGGGUUGGCACUUACACACACAGCAGGUGUGUCUGUUUGACCCGGUCAACGGUGUGCUGCGUACCAUCACUGUGCCUUUCCACUUGGCUCUCAGCGAUAAGAAGAGCGAGCGAGCCAAAGACCUGCAUCUGCUGAAACGACUGAGCGCUUUGCUCAGGGGCUCCGAUCCAGACCCAGAUCUUCUGGAAAGUGAGGCUCAGAGCGUCCUGCUGGAGAUCAAACACCCUGCGGUUAAGAAACAGGCGCUGGAGUCCCUGCUGUCCAGUAAGAGCGCUCCGGUCUCAUGUCUCAUCAACAUCAUCAGAGCUUUAUCACGGAGCAUCAAAGAACAAGAUCCCGAGGCAGUGGAUGAAUCAUUGCUGCAGUUGUGUUCGUCUCAACUGAAACUCCUGCAGCUCUACACUGAUGUUCAGCUCCUUCACUCACCUGAUACCUCACCUACUGAGCCUGAAACUCCCGCAGUGCCUGGUACUGAAGAUGACGUUGCUCGAAUCCAGCCAAUCCUGCGGCGAUAUGCAGAGCUAAACUCCCGCCCCUCUGUGUCAUUCGCUCAGGACGAGGCGAGGCCACUGCCAGUCAAAACCUUUCUGUCGCAGUUAGUGUGUGAGGGCGGAGAGCUGCGACUCAUCAGGGGCUCGGACACAGACUGGACACAGCUAGGUAGCUUCCUGUUUUGGGGAUGUCUUUCUGGACAGAGUCCACUGGAGCGAGUGUGUGAGACGCUACAGCAGAGUGGCAUCAGCCCUCAGCAGCUACUGUCUCUGCUGCUGACAGUGUGGCUGAACAGAGAGAAGGAGGUCUUAAAGAGAACAGAUGCUGUUAGGAACCUGCACACACUCCUCAACACACUCAGCUCUAUGAAAGGAGCGGUAGAUGAGUCAUGGGAUGUACAGUGUGUGUCCCCCUGGUGGCAAAAGGUGCGUAAUGCUUGUGUUCAAUCAGAGAGCGCUGGCGCUGCCAUGCUGGCUGCACUUGUCGCUCAGCGAGCUGCCAAGAGGUCCAUCACAAACCUGGCAGAGAACAAGUUGCAGUCAGAUUGGGAGUGUGUGUCUCUAGAGCUGGAGCAGUGGCUGGUGUGUGUGCGGCAGUUGGAGGACGUGUUGGCGUUACAGACGUUGCUUAGUCUGCCGUCUCCUCAGGGAACACUGGGGGGCGCCAUCCAGCGCUGCUCAGUCAAAACUCUGCUGGAGAGCGGAAGAGGUGGAGUAGCAGACAGCGUUGCGAAGCUGAUCUUCAGACAGGACGUCACUCCUGGAACACUGCGAGACAUUGUGCAGAGGAGGGGGAGGGAGCAUCGUGAGGAGCAUCGUGAGGAGCAUCGUGAGGAGCAUCGUGAGGAGCAGCGUGAGGAGCAUCGUGAGGAGCAGCGUGAGGAGAAGGACACCUUACACACACUGGAGGAGCUGCUGGCGUGUGUGUGUCAGCGUUUCCCCAACUCGCUCUCCUCUGAUGUGUUGUGGGCUCACUGUUGUUGGGAGUACGUGGUCCAGUGGAACAAAGACCCUGAGGUGGGUCGAUACCUGGAGUGGUCUGUUGAGUAUUUGAAGAUGAUCACCAGUCCUCACAUUCAGUUAGGAAUCUCCACCAUGAUGUGGAACACCUUUAUUGUGAAACGUUUCUCUGCAGCAGCCUUCUUAAUGGAAAAGGUGGGAAAAGCUCCAAAGGACAGACUCUGCAGACGGGACAUCGGAAUGGGCGACGCAGCCAUGACCAGUUUCCUGGGCUCCUGUGUACAGCUCCUGCAGGCUCUGAUGGAGGUCUCAUCUUCCUCCUUUCUUCUUUCUUUUCCUCUGUUCUCCAAAGCGGACUCUGGGGUGGAGGAGGCGAGUGUGCCGGAGGUGUGUGUGGAGGAGGUAUGGGGCAGCGUUGAGGGUCCCGCCUCCAUAGCGGAGUUGGCGCUGCAGCAGAGGCCGGUUCAUUACCCGUUGGUGCAGCAUCACUGCCUGUUAGCAUCACUUCUGCACGCUGCCAUGAGCUUCUCGCUGCGCCUCAAACCCCUCAGCCUGUUCGACACCAAGGGGAAGAAUGCCUUUUUCAGGGAACUGACCUCCAUCCAGCUGCUGCCCAGUGGAGACCUGGACCCCGGUCUGGUGGCUCUGAGACAGGAAUUUCUGCUGAAUGUGUUGACAGCAUGGGUGAAGGCUCUGGGUGUGGAGCAGGAAGAGGAGGAGGAAGGUGGAGGUGUUUCCUUUAAAGCUGGGGUGAGGGAUCAGACCUGGAUGGAGACGUGUAUGGAGUUGGGCUCGCUGCUGCAGCUUAACAAUGAUAUUCUGCGCAGACACGUCGUCUGUGAGCUGUAUAACCAGGGCCUGGACCUGCGUGCAGAGGAGGUGAUGUUGGAGGUGGAGGAUAAGGAUGUGUUAGGUUCUCAGCUCUUGGUUCUGAUUGGUCAGCGCCUGGCCUACGCUCUGUUUCACUCUCAGACUCAGACCAAAGCCAGCAUGGAGCUCUUGGCACGUCUUCCCCCAACACUCUGCACAUGGCUCAAAGCUAUGGACCCCAGUGACCUCCAGCACCCCUCUGUGCCUCUGAAACUGAUCGGCCGCCUGGUGAGCCGUGUGAUCGAGAUGCUACCAGAGAAUCAUGCGCAGUACAACAUGGCACUGCAUCUGCUGGAGGCCGUAGACAUACUGCAGGAGGACGAGUGAGAGGGACAGAGGCAGAGACAGGGAGACAGCUAGUGAGACAGAGAGGGACAGAUGGACAUAAACAGUGAUUAUUUCCACGUUAUUACCAUUUAGUCACUAAGGCAGAUCUUUACAUGAACAGUUUUUGAGCCCCGAUGCAGCCGAUCAGUCAGGGACGUGUUCAGUGUCUGUAGAUUUACUCCUGAGCCGAUUCUAAUAUCAAGUAAUGAAUCUUAUUCAGCUCCGUAUAUAAAACCCAUGCUGUGUUAUAAUGUUACACGAUGAUGAUGAGGAGGAGGAGGAGGAGGAGUCUCAGUACCACAGCAGAUUGUUUAAAUUUAAAUGUCAUGGAACAUCCAUGAAACCCUAAACCUUACUGAAACACACGUUAAUAUUCCAGGUUGUAGUGAAUCAGCUGUUGCUAUAGAAACAACAACGAGCAGAUUAAUAAGAAUAAACCUGUGAAUAUGGCUCUGACUUCCUGACCAAUCAGAAUUAAAGGUUCAGCUGCAAAAAAAAAAAACAAAGUACGCCGAGCGUGUUCUGGCUGAUGGACUGUAACUGGUGUGGAGACGGGAACGUGUCAAUGGUUAUUGGGCAUCGGUUCGGUUCCAGGUCAUGAUUUAAUGAGAGGGGGAGGGGGGGGAGGGCAGAGAGAGAGAUGAUCAGUGUUUGCAGUUCUAUGCAUUAUAAUGGUGAACAGUGUGUAAAGCUCAGUCUCAGUCCUCAGUGCUGCUGCUCCUUUCUGUUCUUCGGUGCCAUUUUAACACACUAACGUCACCAUCCUUUUUUCUUUCCUCUUCUUCUUCCUGUCAGCGGACCGGAGUUUGCUUCGUAAACGUAAUUUAUGUGUCUACUAUGAGACCAGUAGUUACACCUGACACAGAGGUACAUUAUGCAGAAUAGCUAAGCUCACACACACACACACACACACUUUACUCUGCACCGGUGCUGCUGUUUCUUAUUGUACAGAAGCCAAAUCCACUAUAAAUGCUCUAUAAAAGAUUAAACACACAACUUUUGUGUAUC